AUGAUGAAGAAGAGAGAGGCCUUGAAAUAUUUUCAGGCAUUGGGAAAAACUUUCAAGAUGAAAGAGUUCAGGAAAUACAUCACAAAGAAAGAAGAAAUUGAUUUUUCAUUGGAAGAGAAGGACGGCCAUAUUGUUUACGUUCCUGGCAAGAACAAAUUGGAGGAGAUUCCUGGUAUUUAUUUAAACAAAAAAAUGUUAUUUGCCAUCAGUGAAGCUAUAAUUCUUACAUUUUUGGCAAUUAGAGGUUUAAUUUGUUCAAAUAUUUUUGUCAAAAAUGUGUUGCGGUUCUCAUUCUGAUCCUUUAUGCAAUUUUUGAGAGAAAAUUGGUUAAAAUGAAAGCUUUUAUUUUAGGCAAGAGAAGUAACGGUUUAUUUAUGAAAGUUUUAUAAUAUUCAGCAGCCCUUGUAAACUAUGGGGCUUCUAUGGACAAAUAUUUAACUCGUUAGUCGCUUCUGCACGUCUGGUUAAAUACCGUACAUUUAUUUUGAAUCAAUCGGUUCUUUAUAAAGGCAACCGUUUUUGUGCGGUCUGUCUUGAUCUAGUACUUUAAAGAGCCACAAGUUAAAUCUCCAUCCAUUUUUCAACCAACAUUAAUCAGUUUUUUUUGUCCUUGUUGAAUAAUUAUUUUUCAGCUGGAUGCAUCUUACACAUGCUAAAUGAUCAACUUGUUUCCAGUUUUGGUUUAAACCUCAGUGGAACUUUGGAAUACUUCUCCUUCCCUGAACAUUAUCCCUUAACUUUGGUAUUCAGAUCAGACCAUGGAGAGGAAGGCAAUCAUAUAAAGAAAAAGUUCACGGUUUGUAAAUACCAUAUUUACUCAAUAUGUUAUUACAGUGUUGAAUAUAUAGAUUUAGCCAAGCCUAAAAGUGGAGCUCGCAUUUUUUUUUUCCUGCACGUCUCAAGGUCACAAUGCCUUGCCCCAGCCAGGACUAGAACCCAGGUUGUCCAACUCAGAGCCCAGCGCACUGACCACUGGAUGGACUACUGAACAAAGCCAUGGCAUUGGUGUGCCUGCAUUACAGUUGACCAUGCAUGUUAAAAGUAGCACCUUAUAUGGUCAUACAGUUGUACAGUCUUAUGGUCAAAUUUUUUCGGCUUGAUGGGUUACUACUAUUUUGUAUAUUAUACGAGCUCCGCUAUUAAAUUUUUAGUUUUCUCAACUUGCUGCAAUAAUUCCAGGAUGUGUUGGUCCCAGGUGAUGGUAUCCACACUUCAAACUUACAAAGGCUGGACGGUUUUUUAUUUUAAUUUUUUUUACUAGUGUGUGCUUCACUUUUGAGAGUUUUAAUCUUUUUUUGUGAUCUGUACAUUUAUUUUAGCCUAAUUAUUUCAUAGUUUUUAUUGCCUUUUGUUAACAACCAGAAAGAUUUUUUGUAUUUUCUCCAUUUGAUUACAUUUUUCAAAUUACAGUCAACAGUAUUAUUAAAUUUGAUUUGAAAAGACAAUGCAAUAAAGAAAAAAAUGCUUAGUACUACACACUUAGACUACAGAGAUGAAGUCAGCUAAGUAUAUAAAGUCAAUACUAAUUCUUUGGUUUAUGAUAGCAGAGCUCACAGAGCAUAGCCUCAUAAUCAUACAAAAUAGUAGUAACCCAUCAAGCCAAAAAAAUUUGGAUGUAUGACUGUACGACCAUACGACUGUACAAGGUGCUACUUUUGACAUGCGUGUUCAACUGUACGUGGGCAUGCCAAUGCCUCGGCUUUGUCCAGUAGUCCAGUGGUCAGUGCACUGGGUUCGAGUCGGACAACCUGGGUUCUAGUCCUGGCCAGGGCAAGGCGUUUUGCCCUUGAGAUGUGUGGGAAAAAAAAUGCGAGCUCUGCUUUUAGGCUUGGUUAAAUCUAUAUAUUAUUUGAUAUAUAUUUUAUGACUUAUUUCAACUAAUAAUUCUAUUUUCUUACCUAUGUUUUGAUGAAUAGUACCCAGUUCCAGACAAUUUCUUUGGAGAAAUUACACCUUUAACAGAUAAAGAGAUAGAACAUUACACUAAACUAGCUCAGUCUUGGGUCAAGGGACUGUUGGAUGCCUCCACAUCUGAUGAGGUGAACUGUUAUUAAGAAUCAUUUAGUACUUGAAUGAAUUAUAUCUUCAUGUUAAGUCUUGAAAAUCAUGAAAGUUUGAAAAAUGUUGGUUUUGUUUCUUUAAGUUUACAAUUCAAGUGUCUUUGUAGGGUUUUGAGUAUGUCUGCACCAAGAAUGAUGUUGACGUCUACCAAGGAACAUGGCCUGGUAGUCAGGUACUGUGGAUAACAUGCAUAGUUUAAAUCUGAUUUUCAUUUUCUAUGAAUGGGUUAUUGUUUUGAAGCAUUUCAAAACAUUAGUUUAAAAAAAUUAAUCUCCUGACCCUCUGGAGAUUCAUCAGGAUCAUGCCAUCAUCAUCAUAGUCAUUGUUAUUGUUGUUUUCGUUGUCACCAUCACCAUCGUCAUCAUCAUUGUUAUAUAUUCUUUUUAAGAUGGCAGUCGCAAGGAUAAUUAACCUAGCUUUUAUUCUUCCUCACUAUUAAUAACAGCUUCAUCUAAUCCGUGGUGUUACCAGGGUUAAAGCAUCCAAGGAUGAAGCAAGAGCCCUUAUGAUAUCAGAUACUACAGAAAAGUUCCGACGUCUCUUCCACAUGAUAGGUGAGGGUGAUGUAUUAAUGAAGGAACAAAAUAACUUGAUUGAUUAAAGCUGAAUGUAUUAGAAAACUCUGAAGACACAGUUGGGAUUGACUUCAACAAAGCCAGAUUGAAUUUCACGCCUGCAUGUUGACCUAAGCUCAACAGGACUUAAUUAUGGAGCAAGCUUUAACUGGCUUUAUACUGCAGGUUUGUACAUGACAAUUAGUGAUGUAUAUGCUGUAAGAGUCAGUCAUGUCAGAAAAGAAAGCAUCAGCCUGAAUGGAGAUUUUCAUUGAUAAUGUUGUCUUUUCUCCAUAAGGAUCUUUGUUGAAUCUGUAAGAUUUGUGAAGUAAAAAAUUCUGUACUUUGAGAGAAAUCAAUUGGUAUUUUUCUUCUUUUUCCUUCAGAUGCUCAUUUUCAAGAUGGUUUAGUGUUGCAUCAGUUUCCUGAUAAUUACAAAGCCCCUCAAGUACCUUUCUAUUCCAUCAAGUGGGCGGUGAUGGGGUCACCAGGGCCUGUUUGGUUCAGAGAUGUCUGCUGGCUGGAAUAUGGAGACAUAAUCAUUGAUGAAACUGGAAAUGAACUUGGAUUUGGAGUGGUAUGCACAGUGUUGUAUACAAUUCAUGUUGUGCAUCUUUGCAAGUGACAGAUUUAUAGCUGAUAGAUGUGUUGAACAUCAAUCCUAAGUUCACUUUAUGUUAAUGGCGAUUCUUUUGAGAGGUUUAAGCUUUGCCCCUAAUCAGUGUACUCAGUUGCCAAGACUUUGAUUUGGAGUGAGGCUGAAGGUGACCUUGUUAUGAGAAAGACCAGUAUCUAGUUAGCAUGAGAACAAAGUAAUUUACAUUUGAAAAGCAGCAAGGUUUGCAUAACAACAAGGUCACCCUCAGCCUCACUCCUGUUCAAAUGCUUGGCGACCAAGCACGCUACUGUAAAAUAAACUUUUGUCACAUGAUCUGAACUGGAUGGUAAUAAGGAUGAUGACAAUUUUUUGCUGAAUCACUAAUUAUAUUAUUAUCUAGUAAUUAAUAAUCAUAAAAAUUCUACUGUUAAUAAUUAUCCAACAAUAAUCCUCUAUUUUUCAAUUUGACAGGGAUCUUCAAUUACUAGACCUGAAUGUCCCACUUUGGAGAAUUACAAAUUAGUGCGAGCAGAAAUCCUGAGUACUGGUUAUGUUUUUAAACAUCGUGUUGAUGACCCAGGAUACAUGGAUGUGAGUACUUCAAGUUUAGUCAAUUUUAGUUGUGUUAGAAUAAAUCUAUGUUCAAUAAUUUUUUUUUAACUGAAAAGCAGCAUGGCUUAGUUGCAUGUUAUGUUAAUUUUGUGCAAUUAUUGUAAGGUUUUUUUCCUUCCGUAAAUUAUACAGUCAGUUAAGUGUUAAUAGGAAAUUAUAUCAAACCAGUGAAUGUUCGAAGUUUGUUGAAUUAAUUUACAGAAUGUUUUAAGUUUAUAACAGCCCUUAGUAAUUUUGUUUAUUGGUCUUCAUGAAGUUUGAGAACAAGCCACAGUGACACCAGACAGAUAAAUGAGUCUUUCUGGAGUCCUGUGCACUAAACACCAGGCCCAGAAGAGGCGUAUGUAACAAUCUCUUUAUUUUUAAUUUUUUAACAGAUAAUUUAUGUCAUUCAAGCUGACCCUAAAGGCUGGAUCCCAAAGUGGGCUGUUAACAUGUUUGCAUGGCAGCAAGCACUAAAUGUCUCACGGAUAAGAAAGAUCAUUGAGGUCCUGCUACAAAAUAAUUAUAUGACUCUCAAUUAUUCUAAUCAUUCAUUGUAUACAUAUUCAGCAUUUAGUAGUUUGCAAGGCUGAAUUUUCAAUUUAUUGUGGGAUGGGUUUUGUGGGAUUUUCAGUCACAAAUCUGAUGUUCUAUCUAUUAUAAUUAUGAUGUCAAUGAUUAUGCUGACCAAGUGACUUAAAUUUGAUUCUCCAUGGUUAAAAACAAUUUGAACUAAUAUAUAGAUUUAGCCAAGCCUAAAAGCGGAGCUCGCAUUUUUUUUUUCCUGCACGUCUCAAGGGCACAACACCUUGCCCUGACCAGGACUAGAACCCGGGUCAUCCAACUGGGAGCCCAGUGCACUGACCACUGGACUACUGAACAAAGCUGUGGCGUUGGCGUGCCCGUGGUAUAGUUGACCUCGCAUGUUAAAAGUAGCACCUUGUACGGUCAUAUGGUUGUAUGGUUGUACAUCCAAAUUUUUUCGGCUUGAUGGGUUACUACUAUUUUGUAUAAUUAUAGGGCUAUGCUCUGUGAGCUCAGCUAUAAUUAUGAUUUUCAAACCUGAUCUAGCAAGGCGUGUGAAUCAUAUGCACUUUCAGGCUUAUCAUUAUUAUACUUUUUGCUGUUUUCCUGAGUUGAUAAGUAUCAUUCACUGCCUGGCGGGUUAAAUAUGAUUUAAAGGUGUACGUCAAUCAUGCAUCACAGAAUUUUCCCCUUUAUACAAUAUCAAGCUGACAAAUUAUGAGAAUAUAGAAAAAUAUCAACUAGGGGAUUAUUAAUUGAUCAAAUACUAAAUUCUCUAAACUAACAUUAUAAAAACUGAAUGGCAGACAGUAAGGAGAGUUACCAAAUGAGAUAUUGGGAUUGAAAAGGUUAACUGUGAUGUUGUAACUGAUGGUGAUGAUGAUGAUGAUGAAUGUUAUUAAAGUUUCAUUUGAUUUAUUAGUCAUCAAAGUUUAAUUUAAUUUAUUAGUUAUUAAGGUUUCAUUUGAUUUAUAAAGACAUUGAUUAAUAAGCUUGAACUUUUAUGUUUAGGGAACACUUGAAGCUAAAGAGAGAAUGUCUCAUCAUGACAGACAUGGAGGUAAAUUGAAUGAACACACUUUUCAUCUCUAACUUAGGUUGUUAAGAGUGUCUUGGUUGCGUGUAAUGAGCAAAAUGUCUGGUCUGUCUUUUUUUAUUUCAGUUGAUAAUUUAAAAAUAAUUUCACUGAUUAAAUGGUAAGAGAUAUUUUGACCAGCCAGUGACAUACAUUGUUCAAGACAGAAAUUAAAAGAAUUUAUCCUCGUAAGUGAGCUAUAAUGCCUAUAUAGACUUCAGAAGCACCCCCCAACAUGUGGCUUUGUAACUCAGUUGGAAAUAGAUGGUACCCAUCUAAUUUGGGAGGUGAUUUGGUAUUGUCAACUGAGUUGAUAAGUAAAAAUGUAAAUUGGCCACUUCUCAGAUUAUCAAAACUGGUGUUUCUAGGGUUCUAGCCUUUUGUCAUUCACUCUAAUGCAGGGCCAAUGCUCAAAAUGUCGGCUUUGAUACGCUUAACAGUGGCUAAUUUGCAUUAUCAACUCAGUUGGUGAUACCAAAUAAUCUUGUUAUACAGUUUUUUUAGAACCCAACCCCUUUAAUAUCUAGGAGGCACAGUUUUGGAUCCUUUCACAGGCCAGCUUUUCUUUGCAGAAAUUUCUGUGAUUGCAGCCUGUAUGCAAGGAUUAUUUCUUUACUCUUAACCCUUUAACCCCUAAGAGUGACUAGCAUCUAAUUUCUCCUUACAAUAUCACUCUUGAAUCAUGCAGUAAGGUCAUGAGAAUAAAGAAAACUAUCAGCAGCUAAAGAAGUUGUUGAAUGUUACACAAAUUCUCCUUGUCAGCACCUUAGGGAAUGUAUAGAGAACAGUAUGGAGAAUAUGCAUACUGAUGUUAGGGUGUAAAGGAUUAAAAUUGUUGAGACUAUUCCUGUUGAGUUAACUUUUUGAUUUUUGCAUGGUCUUUUUUAAGAUUAGAUAAUAUUUGUAGAUUUUUUACAUUAAAAUUCUAAUUUCCCAGGUAAAAUUUUCAUAUCAUAGUUUUUUAGGGGCUUGGAAUUAGUCUGCUCUGACUUAUAAAUUAGUUUGAAUUUGUGACUUUCAAAAAGAAUAGUCUUGAAAGUUAGUUGUUAGUGUCAUGAAAUAAUUGUCAGUGUCUCUUUUGUUUUAGCUGAGGUCCAAGGAGUUUUGGUACCUCAUGGUCAAACACACACUGUUCCCAUCAAAGUUACUCAAACUCUCUCAAGGAUCUCGUUUGGCUUUUGUUCAAAUCACUAUGACAUAGGGUAAGUGAUCCCAGGUAUUGCAGUCUUCACAAAGCUAUGCGAUGUAAAUCAAACUCUGAACAGUUUUCAUUUGCACCUUCUGGUGAAAUUUAAAUACUUAAGAAAAGUAGAAAAACUGAACAUGGUUUGCAAAUAACAGAUGGAGAAACCAAGUCUACUCUCUGAUUUUUCAUGAUGCACAAAAUAUGCACAAUUUUUUAAGCUCUUAAAAAAUCACUGAUCUCAUUGUUAAAACUGAGUGUCAGCUUCUGCAUUUCCAUCUUCAUUGAAAUGGAAACAGUUUUGAUUAUGGUUAACUAUAUGAUAGAGGGUACACAGAUAGAAAGGGAGAGUUUUUGGUCACUUGAACCUCAAGAAAAUAUAACAUUUUGACUUCAUAACAGAAUUUCAGGAGAUUGCAUCUUUGUAUGCGGGAUUUCCCCAUACAGAUCUGAUGAGGUCCGAAAUAGUGAGAAAUUCAAUGCAGUUCUAAGCAUGUUGUUUUAAUGGAGUACUUUAGCACAAACGUUUUUGAGAUGCAGAUGGUAGAUGGAAGUUAAAAGUUCUUGUUGCUGGGCUUACUACACCAUUUUGAUAACCACAGUUUAGUUAAAAAUGAUGAAACGACAAGCUUACAGUCAAUAUAUUUGUUUCAAAAUGCACUGGCCAGAAUUUAAGUUCUACUCUGCUUCCAGUUGCCAUCCAUGUUUCAGAAAUGUCUCUGCUUAAAUUCUUUAAUCUCAAGUUAAAGUUAACUUAAUAGUGCCAAAAUUGACAAAAUUUAAUGCUAAAGUUAAAUUAGGGGUGAAAAGAAAUUUAUUAAGGUAUAAUUGGAAAAAGUUGUGUUUUAAAGGUUGAAGUUACAUUUUUAGUAAUUUUUAACUUACUAUUACUUCAGAGAAUACACAUCUCUUGAGCAUCAAGCUUUUACUUCUUUUUCAACAGUUGCUACAUAUCAGGUUUACCAGCAGACAGAGAGUGGAGUAAAAGCAAGAGAUUUAGCUCUAAUGUUACUCCAGUGAAUGGUCAAGUAGGUUGAUUUAUUUCUAGCAUAAGGGUAAAGGUAGUCUAAAUUCUUUCUGCUCAGUAGUGAUACCAUAUUUCCAUGAAUAAGCAUGCAUACUCUAAUAAGCACCCCCCCCCAAUGAGUGCCAAUCCCCUAUGCCAUGAUAUCAAACAAGCAUCCCUCAAAUGAGUGCCCCCCCCCCCAUGCCCCUGUUCCUCCCAUACUUUCUUAGAUAGUAGGGAUACACAGAAAACCUGUUUCUUUUAUUACACAAUUUAUAAAUUUUCAAGCUUCAACUACAACAGAAUCAGUACAGUUUCAUACACCCUUCCAAUGAGUACCCCCCCCCUCCCAUUGAAGUUUCAAAGAAGCCUCUGUGCUCCUAUUCAAGGUAAUACUGUAUUUUAGGCCACAUGCAGUAUUUUAAAGAUGCCAAAUUAACAGUGGUCACAGGCAACUCAAAGUACUCUACUGAAUGGUUAUAUAAUUUCACAAUAAAUACUAUACUCAUGGAAAAGACAAUAUGUACCUUUCUGGUUUAAACCUGUUUCACAAGGAAUGUACUCAGGUUAUUUGAGAGGGGAAUCCACUGCUGCAGAUUCUCCCAUGUCAUUUAGGGCUAUUUUAGUGUACCAACUCUCAGUGAUAAUUGAGGUUAACUUGUAAACAAUAACUUCCAGUUGAUGAUCAAGGGUCUUUUAUGGUGUAUUUGUCAGGUGCUGGUAACUGAUGUUGGAGAAUAUACACUGGUGUUUGACAACUCUUACAGCUGGUUCAAAUCCAAACAGAUUUACUACUGGUACCAUUUGAGUUCUAAUUCAGUUCCUCUGAAUCAUAGCAGCUUUGUCGAGACUGCUUGUCAGUAAGAACUUAAAAUGGUUAAAAUGUGAUACUUUAGAUUACGUGCAUUGUACAGAAUCUUCAUUCUUUAACUUCCAAGAAGUGACAAAUUCUUAAUUACUUUGGUGGUUUUGUAUUUUCUUGUCAACUGGGAUUUGUCACAGACUAUAGAAUAUUGUUUGACCAAAUACCAAAAUUCUUUUACUUAAAUUUAGAUCUUGAGAGUGAAUUAACCCCUUACAUCCCAACACUGGUAUUCAUACUCGCUAUACUGUUCUUUCCAAAUUUUGUAUGGUACUGUCGAGGAGAGUUUGUUUGACAAUCAGGAGCUCCUCAAAUUAGUGAUCAUAUCCUUAAUUCUCCUGACCUUUACAAUUGAUUCAAGGAUUGUACUGUUAGGAGAAAUUAAGAGCCAGUCACUUUUAGGGAUUUGAGGGUUACUAAGGUUUACCAAUAAGUUACUCCUAACUUCAACAAUGUAUAAACAACCAGAAAAUGACUUUGGAAAUAAUUAUACUUACUAGCGAGAGAAUGUAGUCACUGCUAUAAUAAUAUGGAAAAUUCCAUGUCAAGUGAUAUCUUAGAUUAGUUUAAUUUGUUCACAAAAGUUUAUAAAAAGUCCAACCAUCUAGUUAGAAAAAUUUCAGAGUUUAUUAAAUUAUGUAUAGUUGGGCUACUGUAAUUUAGAUGUUUAGGAAUAUUAGUAUGAAAAUUCCAUUGCUAAGGAAGCUAUGAUGUUAUUUAGAAACUGAUGACAAUUGUCAGUCGAAGUGUAUGAAUUAACUUGCAAUUGAACCCUAGGAAUAUUGAAUUCAGAAGUUAUUUUAAAACUUUAAAACCAUUGUUUUUGUCAUAUAUUUUUGUAGACAGUUUAAGUUAUUACUAACAACAAUGUUAGAUGCAGAGAUCUUAACAUCAUUCAAAUCUCACCAAAAUACAUAUAUUGUGUUGUAGAAUGUGGUGGUUUGGUGGUUUAAAUUUUGUUCCUUCAAAAUAGAAUAUAUACCCAUGAGACAGCAAUGUGCUCAACCAAAAAGCAUGUAAAGAAAGGUUUCUCAGUUUAUUUACAUUCUUGUGCCUCACGAAGAAAACCUUUUUCAUCAGCAAGGCCUUGACACUUACAGAAACUCUGUAGUCUUAAAGAAAACUUGUUAACAUGUAUUUUGAAGUCCUUACAACAUUCUUUCACACGAUUUUAUACACUGUAAACUAGGAACAUAUAUGUGAGAUGUGAGAUAAAAUGGGG